AUGAUAGGGUCCUUCUUAGGGGCAUGGUUUCCUGUGUUUGCUGCAAGACACAAGGGCGUGGCCGUGCCUGGAUGGGCCUUCUUCAUCGCUAAGUACUCGUGGGUGGAAGGAAUCUGUUUGAUCGUCAUCUUCGCCAUGUUCAUUCUGGAAUUCAUGGCCAUGCGAUACGCAACGUUCGGCUAUUCACACUCGCACGAGCACGAACAUGAUGUAGAGAUGGCCCAUCAGGCCCAUGCCAAAAAACACGAUAGGAAGAACAUCGAUCUAAGCAGCGCAGAGGACGCCGUGAUUGAUGCCGACGAUUUGUCGACAGAAGAGACUUGUGCUGGACCUCACGUACCUGGUGAUGAUCAUCUAUCACACGGUCGCAACCACAACGAUAUCGAAAACGACCGCAGCGUUGGACAUCGCCAUGGUGAGAAGACGUUCGAUCCUGACAGCUAUGCGGCACAAAUGACCGCCAUCGCUAUCCUUGAGUUCGGAGUCAUCUUCCACUCCAUCUUCAUCGGCUUGACGCUCGCAGUGGCUGGUGCAGAGUUUACCACCCUGUACGUCGUCCUGGCCUUCCACCAAACAUUCGAGGGACUCGCACUAGGAACACGAUUAGCCAGCAUAAAAUGGCCAUCGUCUAGUCGGUGGACACCAUACGUGCUAGGCUUCUGCUAUGCACUGUCGACACCGAUCGCCAUUGCUGUCGGCUUGGGCAUACGGACUCACUUUGCGCCAGGCAGUCAGACGACACUCAUCGUCAAUGGUGUCUUCGACUCGAUAUCAGCCGGGAUUUUGAUCUAUACUGGUCUGAUCGAGCUGAUGGCGCACGAGUUCAUGUUUAGUGAGUAUAUGCAGAAAGCACCUAUUGGCGAGGUCUUGUCAGCUAUAGGCUGUAUGUGCUUGGGUGCGGGUCUGAUGGCACUACUUGGGAAGUGGGCCUGA